UUGGCUAUCAUCAAUUCCCUUUAGAGUUACGAUUCCGAUGUAGGAUUACAACUUAGAAACGCCCAAAAACAGAGAGCUCCACAAACUUUGGGGAAGAAAGCGGAGCUCCACAUUUGAAGCAGCAAAAAUGGCAGCAAUUGCUACUCCUCUUCAUCUCUUCUCUACUAAUAAUAAUCCAUUUGUAUGCAGAAAACCAAAUUUCUCCACUUCAAUCCCAUCUGCUUUCUCCGUUUCAUCCAAGUCCUACCCGAUUAACAGCAAUGCUUCAUUAUCUUUCAUUGCUCCUCUUGAAGCAAUCCUUUUCGACAUUGAUGGAACUCUUUGUGACUCUGAUCCUCUCCAUUUUUACGCCUUCCGAGAUAUGCUCCACGAGAUAGGAUUUAAUGACGGAUCUCCCAUUGAUGAGGAAUUCUUCAUAAAUAACAUUAGUGGCAAGCAUAACGAAGAGCUUUGUGAUGUUCUUCUUCCGGAAUGGGAGGUCGAGAAAGCCAUGAAAUUCAUGGUUGAUAAGGAAGCUUUGUUUCGAAGGUUAGCAGCCGAACAAUUGGAACCCAUAAGUGGCCUGGACAAGUUAUGUAAAUGGGUAGAAGAUCGUGGCCUGAAACGGGCUGCGGUUACAAACGCCCCAAGAUCAAACGCCGAGUUGCUGAUCUCAAUGCUUAAACUCGAAGAUUUCUUUGAAGUCAUUAUUCUAGCGGAAGAAUGUGCAAGAGCGAAACCUUUUCCUGAUCCUUACGUGAAGGCUCUAAAUGCACUUCAAAUUUCCCCAAAUCGCACAUUUGUGUUUGAGGAUUCUGUUUCUGGGAUUAAAGCAGCAAAUGGAGCCGGGAUGCCGGCAGUUGGCAUGGCUAGUAGAAACCCGGAACAAAUGCUACUCGAUGCUGGGGCAACGUUCGUUAUCAAGGACUACAAUGACCCAAAAUUGUGGGGAAAUUUAGAGGAGAUAGUACAGCAAAAGCUACCUCUUUGAUCCAGGUGUGCACAAGUGGAUACGGUCAUAUGGAUGUUCAAAUACGUAAGUAAUAUUUCUGAAUCUAUUUAACAUGUGACAUUUGCAUCACAUGUCUGUUUUGAAUAUCCUUCAGAUGCAUAUCCGAAAUAGGAUAUCCAAUAGGCUAAUUGGAUGCAUCCAACAUUUACACCCUGAAGAAGAAUAUGGUUACAUAGAGUAACAAGCUGUCUCAUGUAAAGAAAACAUGCCAAAAGUUGUGGGUAAAUACACCAGCAGUAUAAGAAAUAUAUGUAUUUACUUGGUAUAAUAUUUGUCCUCAGAAAUUGGAAACUUGUGUGAUAUUUAUACCAAA